AUGUCUAAUAUAGAAAAAUUAGUAUUUAGAAAUAUUUACAUUAGAUCCAAUAUAACAAAACAGUUGGAAUUAUUCAGAGAUAAUUAUACACUAAAAGUAAAUUCAAUUGAAGAUUUUAUAUAUUAUCCAUAUAGAGAAUAUGUCUUUCAUUUAAUCUAUUCAUCUAAAGAAGAAUUUAAAUGGCCUCAUCAGUGUCAAAAUUUGGUAGUAAAUAUACUAACCCUCCACAGAUACAUUCCAUUGAAUGUUAUAGGUAUACCAAGCACAAUUAAAAGAGUGAGAGUAUUAGAAAUUGAAAAUAGAGAAUUAAAAGAGGAAGAAAUACCAAAUUGGGUUGAAGAAUUGUGUUUCAUGUUUGGUUUUGACCAAGUAGUACCAGUGGGGUUAUUGCCACAAGCUUUACACACUUUAAGACUUGGUCAAAACUUUAAUACAAAGUUGUUACCAGGCUCAAUCCCAACAGGUGUCCAUACUCUUUCAUUAGGUGUUCACUACAAUCAUCCAUUGGGGCCAUCAAUUUUGCCACCCAAUUUAGCAGAUCUUAUGUUAUCUUCAUUUUUUAAUCAAGAAAUUAAAAUACUUGAUAUUCCUAGUGUCACCUCUCUUUGUUUGGGUAAUUCAUUUAAUAAACCGAUAGAAGUUGGUGUACUGCCCUCAAACAUCAAAAAACUCAUAUUCUCAACUUUUUUCGAUCAAACUCUUCUAGCUGGUUCUAUACCUUCGAAAUGUAAAUAUCUUUGGCUUGGUCAUAGUUUUAAUAAGCCAAUUUCUGCUGGAGUUUUCCCUGAUGGUAUCUGUUCAAUCGAAUUUUCUCAAAAUUUUGAUCAACCAAUAGAGCAAGGUACAUUCCCAGAUUCUAUAGAGAAAUUAAGUUUUGGUAAUUUCAAUCAAACUCUAAUAAAAAACUCAUUACCAAGAAACCUCAAAAGCUUAAUGUUUGGUGGCUUUGAUAAACCUCUUUCUCCAGGAGCAAUACCAAAUUCAGUGGUUAAUCUCUCGUUUUAUUCAUUCAGUCAUCCACUAGAAAAAAACCAUAUACCAGAAUCAUGCACUAUUCUAAAUCUAGGUUCUAGAUUUAACCAAAUAAUCUCACCUCUAAUCUUACCAAAUUCAAUUAAAAAAUUAACUUUAGGUGGCUAUGACCAAAAUCUUGAUGAACACAGCAUAUCUAGUAGUUUUAUAGUACCAAAUUCAGUGAAUUACCUCAUUUUAGAAAAUUUUGAUCAACCUCUUUCAAAUAGUGACCAAUCAAUUUCAUUUUUUUCUCCAAAUUCAUCACUAACAAAAUUGGAACUUAAUGGUUUUAAUAAACCAAUACUGGAGGGUCAAUUACCAAAGAGUUUAUUAGAUUUAAAAUUUUUUUGUUUUAAUCAAGUUUUAUUACCUAAUGCUCUUCCGCCAAAUCUUUUGUAUCUUAAACUUGGUAUGAGUUUUAAUCAAAACCUUCAUCAAUACUCCAUCCCAUCUUCAUGUAAAGAAAUUGAAUUUGGAAACUCAUUUAAUGCACCUUUAAAACAUGGUGAUCUUCCUGAGGGUUUAGAAGUUGUUUCUUUUGGUUAUAAAUUUAAUCAAAUUAUUAAUGACAAAGAUAUCUUUCCAAGCAAUAUUAAACUAGUAAUUUUCCAUAAUCUCCUAAUGAAAACAAAAGUAGAUCUAUAA